AUGGAAAAGAUGAUUGAUGCAUGCAAACGUGCCGGUCCACGAGAGCUGGCGGCGGAAAUCGCAAGGGACGUAGGUAAGUCUCCGUUUACCGACGACAUUUUGAAUGCGGAAAAACCCCGCCGGUUUACCACGUUGGUAUUCCACAAAUACGACGGAACAACAGACCCGGUGGACCAUAUCAAGGUGUACAAACAACAGAUGUCCAUCGAGACAAUCGACGAGAAAUUAAUGUGCAAGAUCUUCCCUUCCAGUCUCACGGGGCCGACAUCGACGUGGUUCCAAGAUCUCAAGCCGCAUUCCAUACCGGAUUUCGACACAUUGAGCCGCGCUUUCAUUUCACAAUACUUUUGCAAUCGCAAGGAAAAGAAGGAUAUGGAGACUCUGUUUAGUACCAAGCAGAAGCCGGGAGAAAAGGUAGGGAAUUUUUUCGAGAGGUUUAAAGCUGAAAUGCGCCAUGUUAACUGUGAUCCCCAAUUUGCUGCGAUCGCCUUCCGAGAGGGGUUGCUUUUGGGGACGCCAUUAUACGAAAGUUUAUUGCGGGAUCCGCCAAAGGACAUGGACGACAUCAUCACAAGGGUGGAGGGAGAGAUCAGAAUUGAAAGAGCCAAAGAAGCACGCGAGGCCCGAUACACCAGUGUCGUUGCCUCCGGUGAUGAAAGAAGGCAAAAUCGAGGCAACCACCCCAGCAUAAGGCCGGACAAUCGACACUACUACGAGGCAAAGCCUCGAGCUCGCCUACCUAAGGAAUGGUUCACCUUAAGCCCUACGACCAUAUUCAUAAAACACCAACAUGAAGGGCUCUUCACGAAACCCCCACCUCAACCAGAGUCAAGAGACGCAUUUGAACGGACCAAAUAUUGCCCCCUCCAUAAGGCGUUCGGGCACGGGUUGCCCAAGUGCGAGGCAUUGCACAGUUGA